AUGGCUCCCGUGAAAAAGCUCGUGGCGAAGGGCGGCAAAAAAAAGAAGCAGGUUCUGAAGUUCACGCUGGACUGCACCCACCCCGUGGAAGAUGGCAUCAUGGACGCCGCCAACUUUGAGCAGUUUCUUCAGGAGAGAAUCAAAGUGAACGGAAAAGCUGGGAAUCUCGGCGGAGGGGUGGUAACCAUUGAGAGGAGCAAGAGUAAAAUCACUGUGACGUCCGAGGUGCCUUUUUCCAAAAGGUAUUUGAAAUAUCUCACCAAAAAAUAUCUGAAGAAGAAUAACCUACGGGACUGGUUGCGCGUAGUUGCUAACAGCAAAGAGAGUUACGAAUUGCGUUACUUCCAGAUAAACCAGGAUGAAGAGGAGGAGGAAGAUGAGGAUUAA